AUGGUUCGUACAAAGCAGACCGCUAGAAAGGCAAAUCAAAUAUCUAAUCUCGUCGAUUCUGUUAAUGCAGCGAAGGCGCAUUCGCGACUGAGCAAUAAAUCAAAUCAGCCGGAAAAAUCAAAUCAUCCGGAGAAGAAAAUGGUUCCAAUCAGAAGAAGAAGAAGUCUCAAAACAUGCGAAAUUCCUUUAGGAGGUGAAUAUGUUGCUUAUGAGGAUGAUGAUGAUGGUAAUGGCGGUGAUGAUGGGAAUGGUGGUAAUCGUGGAAAUGAGGAGGCAGAUAUUGAGGAAGAGGAGGAUGAAGGUAAUGAUGAUGAUGAUGAGGAUGAGGAUGGAAAUGGUGGUGCUAGCGGUGAUGAAGAGAGGGAUGAGGAUGAUGGUAAUGAUGGAAAUGGUAAGGAAAGAACUGAUGGUAGUAGUGGUGAUGAUGAUGAGGAGGAGGAGGAGAUUCAGGAGGAUGAGGAGGUUGCGGCGCAACCACAUCCACAACCACAACCUAAGAAGAAAGUUCCAAAUGCACCCUGCGCGCGACACAUUCCACCCACGCGUUUGCAGCUUACUCGUCUUAGCAAUGGAAAAGACGGAGGUGAACCUAAAGACGGCGGCAAAGUUCUAUUUGGAUAUGAUAGCUCGUGGGCCCGUACCAUCAACGAGACAAUUGUAACAUUCUCAACUUUGUUUUUCAUAUAA